CGCAUCCGUCGACUCAACUGGACAGCCAUUUCUCUGCCCCUUAUGAAAAACAUACCAGAGGUAGGGGUUAUCGAUCACGCACAUACGUAACAGGACGCACUGGAAUAAUGCCUUCGAGGGGAAAUAACCGAGUAGAACACCGCAUCACCGACUGAGAUCCGCAGGAUGCAAACUUUCUCCUGAUCCAACGGCUGCGCAGCCAGAAGAGGAUCCUUGUGUGUGUGUGUGUGUGUGUGUGUGUCAGCCAUGGAGGCAGAGCUACAAGGAAGCAGCAGCGACCUAGCAAUGAUGCAUGUGAAAACUGAAGCGCUCGAUGAAAACCCAUCUGCGCUGGUGCUGGGCAGCCGGGAGCCGCCUGCGCCCUGCGGCCUUACCGCAUGCGGAGGAGGAGGAGGAGGAGGAGGAGGAGUGGGAGUGGGGGAUCAGACUGCAGAGGAGCUGCAGGCUGCCACAACCAACACCCCUGUGCUUCUGUACCCUGUGAACACAGAUCGGUUCUUCACUACGUCAGGAGAUGGAAAGACAUACCUGAAGAUAGCUCCAGCUUCAGGCAUGUCACCUGCUCCAUCAGAGAAAACACUUCCCACUGGUUCCGACUUCUCCUCCAAAGCCGUCUUGUGUCUGAUUGAGGCUGUCGGGCGCCGAUGGGGUCUCUAUGAGACACGGGAACGUUCGCAACUCUUCCAGAGCGUCCAAGAGGAAAUGGCUUCCAAAGGGCACAUGCUUCCUGUCGAAAAGAUCCGCCGCAAGUGGAACAACCUCAUUGUCACCUACAAGAGGGUGAAAGACCGCAGCCGAGAGACAGGACACGCUAAAACAUCCUGGGAGUUUUUUGAUUUGAUGGAUGCCACACUGUGCGACACUGUUGGUUCUCAGAUCAUCAGCAAUAAAAGAAACAAAGGUGUCACCACAGCUUCCACGCUGCCUGGUGCUUUGGCAAAGAUCGCAGCAAAACCACAAGUUCCACAGCCCACCCCCAUUAUCCGCCCUAAUGGUGACUUUACUGCAACAGGUGGCGUGGAAAACAGGACUCAGACUGUUGCAAGCAAUCAAAUGAACAUCAUCAGUACCACGUCUACUAUAACCUCACUGACCACAGCAACUAUUAGUCCAACCAGCACUCCUGAGAUCAAGCCUCUGAUUGUUGUCAAUGGUGAUCUUGUUACAACCAGCGUUCAUCCAGCCACCAUUGUCCCGUCUCCACCUUUUAUAUCUUCACCCAGUUUAACAGAAACAGCCUCCACUUCCACCAGUAACAUAGACCUGAACACAUCACGCUUCAUGAGCCGUAAAGCUCCAUCCUACUCAUCAGGGGUCCUGCCCUUCCGCCUUAACAGCACACAACUUAGCAACAGUCAGAAUCUCCUCUCCCUUUCAUCUUCUUUCUCCCCUACUUCCUCUUGUCUCACUUCUCCCGUCACCACCUCAUUAUCUGCAACGGCUCUGUCGAGAACUGAGGGACAGAGCCAGAAAGGCAACGAGGAUCAAACCAGCACCGCUUUGUUCCGGGAGAUUCUGAAGCGACAAGAGGAGCAGGCUUACCUGGACCGAGUCGCCCGCCGAAGGGUCGAAGCAAGAGAAAAGAGACGCGAAAGGAGAGAGGUUCGGAUGGCGGAGUCCCUGGGCAGGGUGGCCACGGCCCUGGAGCUGCUCUCCUCCAAACAGGACACUGUCAUCGCCCUUCUGCAGAGACUCGCUGAUCGGAAGUGAUGCGGACUGUCAAGCUGGAGCCCCUAAAGCUCUCUGAUCCCACAAAUGAACACUCACCCCAUAGUGGCUACUAAGUGUUAUUUUUAGUUUUAGUUAGUUUUGAGGUUGGGGUUUUACUCUCCCUGGCAUAAAUUAAAAUAUGUAAGCUGCAUAAUUUUUUUACAUGUGCUGCUGCAAAAAGCAUCCAAUAAAAACAUAAUCAAACUUUUUCUUUUUUCCCCAAACUGCCACAGUUUGUCAAACUAAACUUUUGUUGUAUGUUUCAUGAUGAUCAUUAAAGAUAUUGUGUUUCGUUUUUUUGGCAUUUUCUGCUUCAUUUGAUAGGAAUAGUGGAGACAGACAAAGGAUGGCAAAGGCUUGUUGGUGGAUUUAACGCAAGGCUUUACAGUACAUGUGUUUCAAGGUGAG